AUGUCUCAGGGAGAGGUGGGAGUUACUGAUAUUUUCAGUGAUAAAGAAGAGGUUGUAGCGCUUAAUGUCGUUCGUGAUCAUCAUGUUGCAGGCGCGGUCAUACAAAAGACAAAUUGUGAAGAUAACUGUCCAGACGUGACUAAGGAAGGCAGUUUUUCCUUCAGUGAUAAUUUAAAAUCUGCCAAUCUGGAGCAUCUGAGGCAGCUAAAUGAAGAGUUCAUCAAGGCUCGUAACUGGGAUCAGUUUCACAGUCCUCGAAAUGUGUUGUUGGCCUUAGUGGGAGAAGUUGGUGAGCUUGCUGAGAUUUUCCAGUGGAAAGGGGAGGUGUCAGAAGGUCUGCCAGAAUUGAGCCAGGCAGAAAGAGAACAUGUUGGCCAAGAAGUCAGUGAUAUUCUAAUCUACCUCGUUGAUUUUGCCAGCCGAUGUCGGAUUGAUCUUCCAAAAGCCAUGGAAAGUAAAAUGGCAGCCAAUGCCCUGAAGUACCCAGUAGAUAAAUCUUAUGGGAAAGCCAAUAAGUACACAGAUUUUAAAUAG